AUGUGUCGAAAAGUGACGUGCAAGGCCUCCGAGGUGUUCCAGAGGAGCGAUGUGGUAUCCCUGUUCCCGGACUUCCAGGGACAGGUGCCCGAGGAAGCUCGCUUUUGGAAGAAGUCUGACCUGGAGCUUUUCUUGGGGAGCAAUGGACAGCUCAAACCCAAGGAAGUCUCCAAAGGUACACAGAGCUGUCCAUUGCUGUCUCGAGCGCGGCAGCGCUUGGCAGAGCUAAAGAUUUCAGAGCCAUCUGCAGAGUACGCAUCGUGGUGUCGUCACCUUGCUGUUUGCAAUGCUGCCACAGCGUCCAGCAAAACGCCCAGCGACGGAUAUGGAGCUGCAGUGACACCCAAGGAGUUCCGAUUGGAUACAGCCGUAGCAUCCUGUGCAGCUGCAUGCAGUCAAGUUGAAUCCAAGAGCAGCGCCCCUGCAAUUCCUAAAGCUCCAGUGGUGGUGCCUUGCUCCAAAGAUUGGUGCGGACGCAAUUGGACUAUGGAUUUUUGGAAGGCUCAGAGUCAGGACCUUUGGUGGAAAUGUCGUACUCGGUCUCCUGCCCAUGAAUAUGAUCGCCGUGCCAGCGAUAUCGUAGAUGUUGAGGGUUCGCCUGGUGAAUAUGCUGACUAUGCGAAACUUCUGCAAGAAAAAGAUCCCACAUGUUUGGAAGAAAAUGCAGUUGCAUAUCCCAGACUUGUGAUGGACGGAUGGUGCCCAUUCGUCAAUGCACAAGGCCGAAAAUUGCUGGAGAAACACUGGCGGGAGUUGACUCCGCGUGGAGUCAAGGAUUUGUCCUUCAAGUGGAUCAAAAUGUUCACCACAGUCUUCAAUUUGGAUUUCUUCGAUUACUUCGCUCGUUUUUACAAGUUAUCCCUGGGCGCACCAGGGUGUAUCAGUCGCUUGCACGUCACCAACAAUGGGGCACAUACUUGGUACACGCAGAUUGAAGGGAGAAGACUCUUCUUUCUUUUUGCCCCUCAACAGACUGGCAACCUGAAUGAGGAGGAAGGUGGGCCUGUGGACCACUUGGAAGGCUAUGCAGCUUCAGUGAGUUCUGUGGAUAUCUUCUUUCCGAAUCCCAAGAGGCAUGCAGCCUUUUCCAAGGCCCAGGCACAG